AUGCACGUCUUUGUUACAGGUGCAUCUGGCCUCAUAGGUAGAGCUGUUACACAAGAGCUUAUCAGAUCCGGGCAUUCCGUCUUGGGACUCGUCCGCUCCGAUAAGUCUGCCGAGAAAGUGAAGGCCCUCGGAGCCGAGGUUUUGAAAGGGGAUCUCUCGGACUUGAGUGUCUUGAAGUAUGGCGCCGCCAAUUCUGACGGUGUGAUUCACUUGGCCUUUGUCCACGACUUUGAUAAUUUUGGCCAAAGCUGCCAAACGGACCGAGAGGCUAUCAAGGCCAUGGGUGCUGUUCUUGCCUGGUCGGACCGCCCUCUUCUCGUCACUAGCGGGACUAUGCUGCUUCGCCAGGGUCAGGUUGGGACUGAAGAUGAUUCCUUCGACCCGAAGUCGCCUCAAUUUUCUCUUCGCGGAGAGUCAGAAGAACUGGCCAAACAGCUUGCUUCCGAGGGCGUACGCACAGCGAUCAUGCGCCUUGCACCCGUUAAUCACGGCGAUGGUGACGACCACAUGUUCAUCUCCAACUUGAUCACCGUUGCUCGUCGAACGAGAGUGGCGUCAUAUAUCGGCGAGGGCCUCAACCACUGGCCAGCCGUUCAUUACCUUGACACCGCCGUCGCGUAUCGCCUCGCACUAGAAAAAGCAACUCCGGGGACCACGUACCAUGUCGUCGCCGAGAGAGGGGUCGUUCUAAGGGAUAUAGCAGAAGUCAUUGGACAGAAACUAGGCAUUCCGGUAGAGUCAAGAUCUUUCGAAGAUUGUCAAAAGUCUUUUGGCCAUUUUGCGUCCGUUAUAAUGUCCGACAAUGUCGUGUCCAGCGCCAAGACUCAGGCAGCGCUCGGAUGGACUCCAACGCAGUGCACGCUGCUCACUGACCUCGAGCACGGCAAGUACUUGUAA